AUGGCCGCGACCUGGGACGAGGAGCAGUUGGGCACAGUGACUUUCAUCCCCACCCUGGAGAUUUCAUCGGAGGAGAGGCGAAUCUUCAGUGCAUUUACCAUUCUGGACAGCAGCCUGCGGCGGGUGGCACACUAUGUAGGUGACACGCUGGAGUUUCCGCAUGAUGACGACGUCUACGAAUGCGAGAUUUGGCAUGCCCCGUUCCUGUUUCCGGCCACGAUGGAGCAGGUGCUCUGCUCCAUGCGUGAUUCCCGCUGGGAAUACUCUGCUGCAGUGAUGGCAUGGUGUCGCUUUGCAUGCAGCUGCACAGAGUCUGCCAGCAUCGUUCCUUCCACCAUUUGGAGGGAGCCAAAGAUCUGCACCAGUUUCGUCGUGGAGUGCUGGCAGCGCGCAAUGAUCGCGUCUGGUGAAGAGGAGCUUCAGCUAGAGGCUCUUCUUUGCCUGAAACCGGCAUGCUUGCCGGGGGUGCUGCGAAGCACCGUGAUCAGGUGUGGCUUCGCGAUCGAAAAGCACGUCUGA